AAGCGGCGGCCGCGCGUUCUUUCGUCUGCAUUCGGGUGUCAAGAGACGGCAGUGGCGGUGGUGCCAGCCAGGAUCUGCAUCACUGAUGGAUACUGAUGGCUUUGAUGAGCUCCUGCAGCAGGCAGAACAGCUUGCUGCUGAGACCGAGGGCAUAUCAGAGCUUCCCCAUGUGGAACGGAACCUACAGGAGAUCCAGCAGGCAGGCGAACGCCUGCGUUCCCGAACCCUCACACGCACAUCCCAGGAGACAGCAGAUGUCAAGGCGUCAGUUCUCCUGGGAUCUCGGGGACUCGACAUCUCUCACAUUUCCCAGCGGUUGGAGAGUCUGAGUGCAGUUACCACUUUCGAGCCACUUGAACCGGUGAAAGACACGGACAUUCAGGGCUUCCUAAAGAAUGAGAAGGAUAAUGCCCUGCUGUCUGCUAUUGAGGAGUCCCGGAAGAGGACCUUCGGCAUGGCUGAGGAGUACCAUCGAGAGUCAAUGCUGGUCGAGUGGGAGCAAGUGAAGCAGCGGAUCCUCCACACAUUGCUGGCAUCAGGGGAAGAUGCUCUUGACUUCACUCAAGAGAAUGAGCCCAGCUAUAUCAGUGAUGUGGGGGGACCACCUGGUCGAAGCUCUCUGGACAGCAUCGAGAUGGCUUACGCCCGGCAGAUCUACAUCUAUAAUGAGAAGAUUGUAAGCGGGCACCUGCAGCCAAACCUCGUGGACCUCUGUGCUUCUGUGGCUGAGCUGGAUGAUAAGAACAUCUCUGACAUGUGGACCAUGGUCAAACAAAUGACAGAUAUAUUGCUGGCCCCAGCGACAGAUGCUGUGAAGAGCCGCAACAGCGUGGAAGUGCGCAUGGAGUUCGUCAGGCAGGCCCUUAGCUACCUUGAGCAAAGUUACAAGAAUUACACCCUCGUGACUGUCUUUGGAAAUUUGCACCAGGCGCAGCUAGGUGGUGUGCCUGGAACUUACCAAUUGGUUCGAAGUUUUCUCAACAUUAAACUUCCUGCUCCCUUGCCUGGACUUCAGGAUGGGGAGGUGGAAGGCCAUCCUGUGUGGGCAUUAAUUUAUUACUGCAUGCGCUGUGGAGACCUGCUUGCUGCCUCACAGGUGGUUAACCGAGCCCAACAUCAGCUGGGCGAGUUUAAAACCUGGUUCCAGGAGUACAUGAACAGCAAGGACCGAAGAUUGUCCCCAGCUAUGGAGAACAAGUUGCGGCUGCAUUACCGCAGGGCCCUGAGGAACAACACCGACCCCUACAAACGUGCCGUAUACUGUAUCAUUGGCAGAUGUGACAUUGCUGAUAACCAGAGUGAAGUGGCUGACAAGACCGAGGACUAUCUGUGGUUAAAGUUGAACCAAGUGUGUUUCGAUGACGAUAGCACCAGCUCUCCACAAGACAGGCUCACGCUCUCACAGUUCCAGAAGCAGUUACUAGAAGACUAUGGUGAGUCCCACUUCACAGUGAACCAGCAGCCCUUCCUCUACUUCCAAGUCCUGUUUCUGACGGCACAGUUUGAGGCCGCCAUUGCCUUUCUCUUCCGUAUGGAGCGGCUGCGCUGCCACGCUGUCCACGUAGCUCUGGUACUGUUCGAGAUGAAGCUGCUCCUCAAGUCUUCGGGACAGAGUGCUCAGCUGCUCAGCCAUGAACCUGGCGACCCUCCCUGCGUGCGGCGGUUGAACUUCGUGCGACUUCUGAUGCUCUACACUCGCAAAUUUGAAUCUACAGACCCGCGAGAGGCCCUUCAGUACUUCUACUUCCUCAGAGAUGAGAAAGAUAGUCAAGGAGAAAAUAUGUUUCUGCGCUGUGUGAGUGAGUUGGUAAUAGAAAGCCGAGAGUUUGACAUGAUUCUUGGAAAACUAGAGAAUGAUGGAAGUCGAAAGCCUGGAGUCAUAGAUAAAUUCACUAAUGACACAAAACCUAUUAUCAACAAAGUCGCUUCAGUGGCAGAAAAUAAAGGACUAUUUGAAGAAGCAGCAAAGCUUUAUGACCUUGCCAAGAAUGCUGACAAGGUACUGGAACUGAUGAACAAACUGCUCAGCCCUGUGGUCCCCCAAAUCAGCGCAUCACAAUCCAACAAGGAGAGGCUGAAGACCAUGGCCCUCUCCAUUGCAGAGAGGUAUCGGGCUCAGGGAAUCAGUGCAAAUAAAUUUGUGGAUUCCACGUUCUAUCUUCUGUUGGACUUGAUCACCUUCUUUGAUGAAUAUCACAGUGGCCAUAUCGACCGAGCCUUUGAUAUCAUUGAUCGCUUGAAGCUGGUGCCGCUGAACCAGGAAAGCGUGGAGGAGAGAGUGGCGGCCUUCCGAAAUUUCAGCGAUGAAAUCAGACACAACCUCUCAGAGGUGCUUCUCGCCACCAUGAACAUCUUAUUCACACAGUUUAAGAGGCUCAAGGGGACAAGUCCAUCAUCGACGUCCAGGCCCCAACGAGUUAUGGAGGACCGCGACUCUCAACUCCGCAGCCAAGCCCGAGCCCUGAUCACCUUUGCUGGGAUGAUCCCCUACCGCACGUCGGGGGACACCAACGCCAGGCUGGUGCAGAUGGAGGUCCUCAUGAAUUAGUGCCAUGCUGGGGGUUGUCAGGCCCUCAGUGAGCACACGGGCUCGCCGGGGCGGGUUCUGCUUUCAUUUCUGUUGUGUUCCAUUUCAUUUUGGUUUUUUGUAUUAUGUAUUUUUGUCAACACAAAUAAAUUUGAUUUAUUUGUA